AGAAAUUAUCUGCGUGAAUAUGAUUUUAUCAUUGUUGGAAGUGGACCAGCUGGUUGUGUGCUUGCCAAUCGUUUAACGGAGAAUCCCAAUUGGAAUGUUUUGUUGAUUGAGGCUGGGACACUUGAAGGGCCAAUUGAAGAGAUUCCAAUUCUUGCUCCAUACAUGUUCUUGACGAGAUAUAACUGGGGAUAUAAUGCAGAACCACAACCUUAUGCAUGUCUCGGUCUCAAAAAUGGUCAAUGCGGCUUUCCUAGAGGAAGAGCGUUGGGGGGAACAUCAGUUAUCAAUGGAAUGCUUUACACUCGUGGAACAAAACAAGAUUUCGAACGUUGGGUUCAACUAGGCAAUUAUGGAUGGGAUUAUGAAGAGUUUGUGUUGCCAGCAUUUAAAAGAUCGGAAAAGGCAAAUUUGAAAUAUUAUUACAAGCCCGAUUAUCAUAACCACAGUGGAUUGCUAGCUGUUGAACACAAUCCGCAUAAGACACCAAUAGCUGAUAUCUUUAUUAACGCUAAUAAAGCGAUGGGAUUAAAUGAAAUCGAUUAUAAUUCUGAUGACACUGUCGGUGUGGCUCAUCUUCAAGCGAAUACAUUAAAUGGAAAAAGGCAUUCAGCUUAUAAAUCGUUUAUUGAACCGAUUUUGAGACGAAAGAAUCUUCACAUCAUGUUAAACACGCAUGCGACAAAAGUUUUAAUAAAUCCAAAAACUCGAAUUGCUCACGGCGUUGAAAUGAUCAGAAGAAAUCGACGAAUUUUAAUAUGGGCAAGGAAAGAAGUGAUUUUGUCUGCGGGAAGUUUUCAUUCACCACAACUUUUAAUGUUGUCAGGUAUUGGACCUAAGCAUGAUCUCGAUCGGAUUGGUGUGCCAUUAUUACAUAAUUCUCCUGUGGGUAAAGAGAUGCAUGAUCACAUUUCAUUUCCCGGUCUUGUCUUCGUUACAAACUUAACAAAUCCAACAGCAGACUUUCUAGGAUUCCAAAAUGUGAUUCCAUUUAUGUUCCAAUAUUUGGGAGGAAAAGGUUUUAUGACAAUUGCGAAUGGCGUUGAAGCUUUGGGAUUUAUUAAAACACCGACAUCUAACAGCCCGCAUUCAGGUCUUCCUGAUGUCGAAUUAAUUCUCCUGGCACUUACACCUCAAACUGAUGGUGGUUAUGCUGUGAAAGAAAGUGAAAGGCUUCAAUCAUCGAUUUAUGAUGCAGUGUAUAAGCCAUUGGAAAAUAUGGGAACUUACACUUUUCUCAUCGUUCUCUCACUUUUCCAUCCAAAAUCUGUUGGAUAUCUUGAGUUAAGAAAUCGUAAUCCGCUUAGUAGUCCAAAAUUUUUUGCAAACUUUUUCAAGGAGCCAGACGAUGUCGAAACUCUCUUGGAUGCUAUUAAGUACACUCUAAGGCUUAUUGAAACUGAACCGUUUAAGAAAAUCGGCACUAGAGUUCAUGAUAUUCCGAUUCCAAGUUGUGCACAACAUGAAUUUGGAUCGGAUGACUAUUGGCGAUGUGCAAUCAGAACGUUUUGUGUGUCACUUCACCAUCAAGUUGGAACUUGUAAGAUGGGGCCGUCAAGUGACCCAACAGCAAUUGUCAGUCCUGAACUUAAAGUUUAUGGUGUGAAAAGGUUGAGGGUUGUGGACACGAGUAUUAUUCCCGAGUCAACAACAAGUCACACAAAUGCUGCAUCAUUCAUGAUUGGAGAACGAGCGGCUGAUUUCAUAAAAGACGAUUGGCGAAGUUAA